GUCCACACAUUACUGCAGCAGAGACAGACAAAAGACUGAAGAAAAGAUGUCUGGAGAGAUCGGGGUGGAUUGAUGAACCAAAUUUCUGUGCAGGUUGGUGAGGCACCCCAGUGCCAAGUCCAUAUGAGUGUACUGGAGGAUUCACUCUGGACACAAGCCAUAUCAAUUUCCAAAAUUUGAUGAUUGUUUUGGAUAUUCUUCGGCAUUGAUCCAGCCUCAGAAGUUUUGGGGGGGGUUCUGGAGGUGACAACGGAAUUAAGUCAAAUUCAAGAGAGAAGCAAUACCUUCUCUGGAUUGUGACAAAGGCUUUACUGCAAAAUCAGACCUAACUAAAUACCAGAUGGAACACAUAGAAGGGAUGCCGUAUCUUGGUUCGCAAUGCGUCAUAGCUAUUACAAUGCAACCCACCCUUGGACAUGAGAUUGUUCACAGUAAAGUGAAGAGGUAUUUUUGUACUAAAUGUGGCAAAGCAUUUACAGCAAUGUCAAAACUUCUCGCACAUGAUAGGGUUCAUACAGGAGAGAAGCCAUUUCAGUGUUCCAAAUGUGACAAAGCUUUCACAACAAAGGGAAAUCUUAUUGCACAUGAGAGGGUUCAUACAGGAGAGAAGCCAUUUCAGUGUUCCAAAUGUGACAAAGCUUUCACAACAAAGGAAAAUCUUAUUGCACAUGAGAGAGUUCAUACAGAAGAGCCACCGUUUCAAUGUUCCAAAUGUGGCAAAGCUUUCACAACAAAGGGAAAUCUUAUCACACACGAGAGGGUUCAUACAGGAGAGAAGCCAUUUCAGUGUUCCGAAUGUGGCAAAGCUUUUGCCAAAAAGACAAAUCUUAUUACACACCAGAGGGUUCAUACGGGAGAGAAGCCAUUUCCGUGUUCCGAAUGUGGAAAAGCUUUCGCAACAAAGAAAAAAAUGAUCAAACACCUGAUGGUUCAUGCAGGGGAGAGGCCAUUUCAGUGUCCUGAAUGUGGCAAAGCUUUUACACAAAAGUCAAUUCUUACCAGUCAUAUGAAGAUUCACACUGGAGCAAAACAAUUUCAGUGUUCAGAAUGUGACAGAGCUUUUUUAAGGAAGCCAGAUCUUCGCAAACAUCAGAAGAUUCACACAAAACCAUUUAGGUGUUUUGAAUGUGGCACGGCUUUUUCAACAAAUUCACAGCUUGUCAGACACCGAAGAGCUCCCACUGGAGAGAAGCCAUAUCCAUGCUUAAAAUGUGAUAAAUCUUUUACACAAAAGCCAUGUCUUAUUACACACCAAAUGGUUCACACCGGAGGGAACCUGCAUCAGUGUUCUGACUGUGGAAAAGCUUUUGCAGGGAAGUUGGCUUUUAUCGUGCACCAAAAGGCUCACCAUCGAAAAAAGCCUUAUUCUUGUUCAGAAUGUGACAAAGCUUUUACAGCAAAGUCAUCAUUUAUCCUACACCGGAGGGCUCAUUCUAGAGAGAAGCCGUAUCAAUGUUCUGAAUGUAAAAAAGCUUUUCCAUGGAAAUCACACCUUAUCACACACCAAAGAGUUCACACUGGAGAGAAGCCCUAUCAAUGUUCAGAAUGUAAUAAAGCUUUUAAAAGGAAGUCAGAGCUCAUCAUGCACCAGAGGGUCCACACCGGAGAGAAGCCAUAUCAAUGUUCUGAAUGUAACAAAGCUUUUAGGGUGAAAUCUUUACUUCUCAGACACGUGAGGGUCCACACUGGAGUGAAGCCAUUUCGUUGUUUGAAAUGUGACAAAGCUUUUACAUUGAAGGGAAACCUUAUCAUGCACGAGAGGAUUCACACUGGAGAGAAGCCGUACAAGUGUUCUGAAUGUGACAGAGCUUUUGUGCAGAAGGCAGAGCUUAUUGUACAUGAGAGGGACCACACUGGAGAGAAGCCGUACCAGUGUUCUGAAUGUGACAAAACUUUUAAAAUGAAGACCAGCCUUGUGAAUCACAAGAAGGUACACACUGGAGGAAAGCCAUAUCAGUGUCCUGAAUGUGGCAAAGCAUUUUUAAUGAGGUCAUACCUUGCCAAACACCGGAUGAUUCACAAGAGAGAUAAACCAUUUCAGUGUUCUGAAUGUAACAAAGCAUUUUCAAUGAGGUCGUACCUUGUCAAACACCGUAUGGUUCACACAGGAGAUAAACCAUUUCAGUGUUCUGAAUGUGGUAAAGGUUUUAUAAAGAUGUCAGAUCUUAUCAGACAUAAGGAAAUUCACACUAGAGAAACAUUAUACAUAGAGAAGACUUUUCACUGUUCUGAAUGUAACAAAGCUUUUACACAGAAGACAAAUCUUAUCAGACAUGAGAGGAUUCACACUGGAGAGAAGCCUUAUCAAUGUUCUGAAUGUGAUAAAGCUUUUAUACAAAAGUCACAUCUUAUCAGACACCUGAAGGUUCACACUGGAAACAAAUCAUGUUCUGAAUUGGACAAAGCUUAUCUGGCCCCAGAGGGUUCACCCUCUUCAUCCUCCACUGUAGAGCAGAAAUUCUGAGAGAAGGAGGGAUAAUAAAGGGGUAAAAGCUACAAAGAUUUUGGGGUGUCCCAGCAGUUUCACACCCCAUGUUAUCCAACAAUCUAGUGGAAGGUACAAUGAUACUUUGAAAAACAAACUUCUUGAUCAAACAGGAAUGUAUUGGAUGGAUGGAUUGAGUUUAGCGCUUGUCCAUCAGGCACACACCUAGAGAGUCAUGGAAUACUUUGCCUUUCGAGAUACUUUUUGGACAAGCGCCAAUGAUUGAACUGCAUUUUCGUUAAUGAUUCUCAUCCUUUUUUUUUUUUUUUGCUUAUGAAGCUUUGAUUGAACAUAU